CACUUUUGCUAAGUGAGAGAGGAAAGAGAUGGCGCCAUAAUGCACCUGACGCCUGAAGCAAACGGUCUUGGGCUCCUGUCUUCGGAACUGAUGUGUCCAUAUAAACCGCCGAUCUGGUUCCUCCUUGACUCUUUUCUUGAUCAACAAUAAAUUGAUAUAUACAGUACAUUUCGACUACUACAUACCUCUUUCAGACCUCGAACACAUCUCUUAUCCCAAACCUUCGAGUCGACUACUAUAUACACCUUUCAGACCUUCAACACUUCCUCCUUACUACACGUUCAAGUCGAAAUGUCGAGCCCUCCUCAAUAUGGUCCUACUGCCCUACCCCAAGGUGCCAACGACGGCGGUGAUGGGUCUACCAUGGACAAGGCAUCCUGGGUUGCUAGCAGCAACAAGAACGCGAGGAGCUUCAUUGUACUCCAGGGCAAAGACUAUGUACGCUGCAACAUGGGCGAUGCUCUCCAGUUCUACGACACCGGCUACCGUGUAUUCGACCCGCCUACUGGUCGCCGAGUGAAGUUCCAGUACACGGGCUCUGGUCGUCCCCAGUUCGGCGCUUUUGCCCACCAGUACUGGGAGAUUCAGAUGGAGGAACACGCCUCCUUGGUGAGGCGUGAUCGCUUGCCUGGAGAGGAUCUGGGUGAAGACGCAGAAGAAGAGUACGAGGUUGCAGGAGAUUCUGCGUUCGACCGUGUCGAACAAGCACCUUCGACUCCUUCAAAAGAUACACGUGGAAACCUAGCUAUCUCUCCUCCCUCCGGUGGUCGCGGUCGCGGCAGUCCUUCAACUCCACAAAGCCCCAGCUCUGGCGGUCAGCCAGGAUCUGGCCGUGGUUCAGCUGGUCGCGGCUCCAGUACUCCUCGAGGUCGCGGCUCAGGCGGCUCCAGAUGAGGUCAAGGAUCUCCACAGUCACCGACGUCACCCUCUUUCGGCAAGGGCAGGAGUCCGGCUGGCUCUCCUAGCGCUGAAGCGGCUUGAGAUGGAGGGUGUUUUCUGAUAUCAUACUUUAUAUUUGCUUUCUGGAGCCUCGGUCGGUGAAGGACGUCUUGUAUUCGGGGUCGAUCUAGCAAGGCGUUUGGGAAAAUGGCGAAUACCCCUAGACUUUUGAGAUAGACCUCGGAAUUAUACACCUGGUUUUCCAUCUGAAGCCGAACCUG